UGUUUCUUACCUUCUCCUUCCGUGGUGUGUGUGGCAAAGACGCUUCCUCCCAGUCCCAAUCCACGGAUCCCUCGCCAAGCGCCGGCCGGCCCGAGCAGGAUCCCCCAACCAGGCUCCAGGAGCCUUGGGUCGGCAGACAAGGGACGCCUUCUCUGACCCACCCAAUCCAAAACCAUUAAAUAGGUACGAUCAGACAGGGGACGCCUUCUCUGGUCCUUCCUAUCCACCUUCCUCUGGGGAAGCUGGUGGGUUGGAGGGACGCCUCCCCCCACACUACCCCAGCCCACUCGGAUACUGUUCCGAGCUCGGAUACUGUUCCGAGACUGCCCUCGGCUGGCAGGAACCCUUUGCCGCACGCAUCAUGGGGAACGUGGAGUCCAAAAUUCCUAAAAACGCCCCACUAGGUUGUUUACUUCUCGACUUUACCGGCUUGGGCUACUCCCAAAACCCUUAGGCGGAAAAAGCUUGUCUUCCUCUCCCAGGUGGCCUGGCCCCAGUAUCAGCUCGAUAACAGGUCGCAUUGGCCUUCCACCGGCAUUUUCGAUUUCAAUGUGCUCCGCGACCUAGAUAACUUCUGCCGCCGAACUGGCAAAGAUAAGGAAGUGCCUUAUGUUCAGGCUUUUUGGGACCUGCGUUCCCAUCCUGACCUCUGCUCUUCUUGCUCCACUCACCAAGUUCUUUUAGCCCGAACUCCCCCACCGCAGACUCCUACCUCCCCAACCAAGCCACCUCCCUAUACUCUACAGGAAGAGAUGCCUGACCACAUGUCUUCCCCCUUUGUUCCCACUCCAGAAGUCCACUACCUCUCCCCGUCCCUACUCCUCACCGGAGGAUCUGCCUGAACAUCUAUCCUCUCCUGCCAAUCUCAGCAACCAGUCGCCAUCAACGGCACGCUCUUCCUCUGCUCCCUAUGCACCUCCUACCUCGGAGGCCAUGCCUCGCUCUCCCUCUACUCCCUCCGAGCCCCCUCCCUCAGAGGCCGCACUUCCUCUUGCCUCUCCGGUGGCGGCCCACACCCGCUCCCACCAGCCAGCUAUCCUGGCCCCACUCCAAGAAGUAGCAGGUGCAGAAGGUUUAAUCAGGGUCCAUGUUCCUUUCUCACUCCAAGACCUGUCCCAAAUUGAGAAACGUUUAGGAUCCUUCUCAGCCGACCCGUCCACCUAUAUUAAGGAAUUCCAAUACCUCACUCAAGCCUACAGCCUCACUUGGCAUGAUAUUCGCGUUAUCUGUUCCUCCACCCUCACAGUGGAGGAGCACGAGCGCAUCCUCGCUGCAGCCAGAAACCAAGCAGAUAAAGACCAUGCUAUAGAUAACCAGAUCCCCCUAGGCCCCGAAGCAAUCCCAGGUGAAGACCCCCAAUGGGACUAUCAGGCUAAUCGAGGGUCUGAUAUACCCAAGAGGGACCGCAUGAUUAGAUACCUCCUCAGGGGAAUGGAUGCUGUAUCUAACAAAGUUGUAAACUAUGAUAAACUGAGAGAAAUCACCCAACUACCUGAUGAGAACCCCGCCCUCUUUCUCGCCCACUUGUAAGAAGCCCUAGUCCGGUAUACUCGACUAGAUCCAGCCCCUCAAAACGGGGCCACUGUAUUAGCCUCCCAUUUUAUCUCCCAAUCAGCACCCGACAUAAGAAAGAAACUAAAGAAAGCAGAAGAGGGGCCAGAGACUCCCAUCCAAGACCUGGUAAAAAUGGCCUUUAAAGUAUUCAAUGCCAGGGAAGAUGCGGCUGAGGCUGCCCGCCAAACUCGCAUGAAGCAGAAGGCUGCCCUCCAGACCCAAGCCCUAGUGGCGUCUCUAAGGCCGGCAGGGAACCAGAAGCCCAAGGCCGAAACCCAUGCCCCUCUGGGAGCAUGUUUUAAAUGUGGAAAGGAAGGACACUGGUCCCGAGCCUGUCCACAACCAUGGCCACCAACUAAGCCUUGCCCUAUCUGUCAGCUCCCGGGACACUGGAAGUCAGACUGCCCCAGCUUCCCCAGGGUGCCGGUUCCUCAAAACAGACACACUGGCGUUACUCAGCCGGCAGUCACCCUCAGUAGGGAGGAGCCUGCUUGCCAGGAGCCGACCUCCGAGGGAACUCCAUUCCCCAGGCUAUUAGGGCUGCUAGACGACUAGCGGGGCCCUGGCUUUCCGACUCCGGUUACCCUUGCCGAGCCUAGGGUCAGAAGACAUGGGGGCUACCUCCUCCGCUCUUCCUUCUUAUUCUGGCUGUCUCACCCCUUCCCAGGUCUCGGUCAUGGGAAUCGAUGGGACCCCGAGUAUCCCCUACCAAACCCCACCACUCAUGUGCUCAUAUAACUCCACUCCAUUCACCCACUCUUUUUAGUAAUCCCCACCUGCCCAGUUCCCCUUCUGGGGCGAGACAUCCUUUCAAAGCUGAAGGCCGUCAUAACCUUCCCCACCGCCAGCCCACACAGCCUCUUUCUUCUAGCCCUCAAUACUCUGCCUCAGAAUUCCAGACCCUCCAGUCUACCCCCGGGGUACGCUUCAAGGAUGACUUGGCCUUCAAGCAUAACCUCCUCAUCCUCCCUGAAAAGCAAAGGUACCAGAUAAUCCAAGACAUCCAUAAUUCACUCCACAUUGGGCCUAAAGCCUUAUACCGAUUCCUCAACCCACUUUUCACCCUCACCAUCUCCUCAGUACCAUACAGGAAGUCCAGUCCUCAUGUACUGUCUGCGCAAAAACUAAUUCCCAGGGUUCCUGUCAUCCUCGGCGCCAGCUUUAUCAGCUACGCGGGUUCCUACCUGGCCAAGACUGGCUAAUUGAUUUCACCCAUAUGCCAAAGCAUAAACAGUACCGGUAUCUGCUAACCAUUGUUGACACUUUUUCAGGCUGGAUUGAAGCUUACCCCACAGCCUCUGAGUCUGCCGGGACAGUAGCCACUCAUCUCAUUCAAGACAUCAUCCCACGCUUUGGACUCCCGGCUACCAUACAGUCAGACAGCGGCCCAGCCUUUAUCUUCAAAGUCACUAAUGCCGUUUCUACCUCUCUAGGAAUUCAGUGGAAGCUACACGCCGCCUACCAUCCUCAGUCCUCUGGUAAGGUGGAACGGGCCAAUGGCCUAAUAAAGGAGCAUCUGACCAAGCUCAUGCUUGAGCUCCGCCAAUCCUGGGUAACCUUGCUUCCUAUCGCCCUCACCAGGUUGAGAGCAAGCCCCCGGAGCCCAUCACAGCUUAGCCCGUUUGAGCUGCUGUAUGGUCGCCCCUUCCUACUUUCAACUCCCCCACCGCCAGAGACCACUCCUCUAGACAGCUACCUCCCCUACUUUACUCUCCUUCGCAGCCUUCUCCGAGAACAUGCCAACGCUUCUCUUCCCCAACCCACCCAGCCAUCUGAAAAUACACAGAAAGUCUCCCCCGGGGACUCAGUUCUUAUCAGGUCCCUCUCCCCAAAGGCCCUCGCCCCCAAGUGGGAAGGACCAUACACAGUCCUCCUUACCACUCCAUCAGCUAUAAGAGUUGCUGAAAUCCCAUCUUGGGUCCACCUGUCUCGGGUAAAAAAGGCCCCUCAUGGACCCUCCUUAUGCUGGAAGGCUGUUCCUACUGGCCCUUUAUCUGUCAAACUUACCAGGGCCUAGCAGCCACACCCCCUACAGAUGGAGAUUCUUCCUAACUGAAAACUAUACCAAAACCACCUUCAUCUGUAAUACCCCUCCAUACAGCCACAACCAUCUUCUUGCAACUUCCGACUGCCCCGCAGCCGGAUGCCAAAGGGCCAUAUAUCUGAACUUCACCAAAUUCCAUAACAUCCAUACUGAUAUACCCCUCAUGUGCUUCAACCAUGACCAACCAUCAGGAGCAUGCAAUAAUACUCCUUGGCGCUCCUGCAUGGGAUGUACUUGGAUGAACUGUCGACUACAUAUAGCCGUCAAGUCCACAGUACCUGCCCGAUCUCAGCUCAAAAUCAUCCCAGACAUAGAUGGAGAAGGAACUGAUAUUAGCCUACAAGAAAAAUCUCUGAAUGACCAAUUGCAACCACAUUCGUCUCCGUUUUCCUGGUUAACUUUUCUCCAAGAAGGAAUCAAGUUAGCUAACCUCUCAGGACUAACUGACCUAACUUCAUGCCUCAUGUGUGCCUUCUUAGGACAGACUCCCUUCGUUGCAGUCCCUUACCCCAUCCCUCUCAACCUUUCAGCCUCAACUUCUUCCUUCUCCCCCGUCAGGGAAGUCGAUCUCUACACUCCACCUGAUUUUGAACAGCUACCUGUGUGCUAUUCCCUAGGCCGAAACUUCCCUAGCUGUAACAGAACUAUACUGGUAACCACUAAUAUAACAGCCCCACGAGGAACGUUUUUUUGGUGUAACAGGACCUUAACAAAAACUCUCUACAUUGGCCUUUCCUCAUCUCUUUUAUGCCUCCCAGUAACCCUAGUCCCUCGACUCACUAUAUAUUCUUCAGCCGAAUUCCAGAUGCUGCAAGCUCCCCAUCGCCGCACCCGACGAGCUGCCUUCCUACCCAUUGCCGUUGGAGUCUCCCUUGCUGGUUCAGCACUUGCAGCAGGAUUAGGGGGAGGGGCACUAGUCCACUCUCACCUGGCCAUAGCCCGACUGACCUCACAACUCCAAGCGGCUAUUGAUGACUCUACUGAGUCUUUAGCAUCACUCCAACGACAGAUCACCUCAGUUGCCCAAGUUGCCUUGCAGAACCGAAGAGCCCUAGACCUGCUCACUGCUGAACAAGGAGGGACCUGUAUCUUCCUACAGGAAGAGUGCUGUUACUACAUCAAUGAAUCCGGCCUAGUAGAAACCCGAAUCGAGAGCCUCCAGAAACUCAAAACUAGCCUGCAGAGUCAGAAGUUCUCGGCUGAAGCCACAGCGUGUUCAUACAGCGGCGCUUUCAAGAACUGACUCGAGUCACCAUCCACCAGAUGCUGCUCCAACCCCACCCUGAACGAGUGCAAGGAACAGACCUCUCCCUGAACAUCCAGGCUCCUUAAGAAAAGAGACCUCUUCAGAACCCCCCGUCAACCCUUGUCAGCAGGAAGUAGCCAGAUCGAUUCCGCCGCCCUUUUUCCUUUUUAAGGAGUCGGGAAUGUUUGGUAGAAAGUCCCGCCAUCUUUCCCCCAGGUUUCUUGCCCCCACCCUCCCCCCAGGCUUCCUGCUGCCCUGAGAAAAGCCCGCCAAGCCUGCUCUGUUCUGCCCAGCAACGACAAGCAGCCAAUCAUCGCAGCAGGAAAGCCCGCCAAGCCUCGGCCUAUCCUGAACCGACACGUAACCCUCUGAGCCACCUCAGCAGUCUGCCCAGAGACGGACAGCCUAUCCUAAACUCCUACGACACUCCGCCAGCCCUGUGUCCACGCCCCGUCCACCCCCCCUAUAAAACCUUCCUACCCCAGCUGUGCAGUCGCAGCCAGCCCCGAUCUCCUUCCUUUCCUGGCCUGCCCGCUGGUCCCAAUAAACCUGAACUCGGCUUCCAACUCUCGAGCUGUU